UUCCGAUGUAUCAAAAAUAUUAAUAUGAGAAUUAUGAAAAGAGUCCAAAAAAUGAGCACACGAAUCAGCCAAAUGUUUUUUUUUUUUUUUUUAAAUUCGAAUCAGCCAAAUGUUUACAGGCUGUUUACUAUAGGUGAAAUUAAUUAUCAUUCAAUGUUAGAAAUCAAUGUAUUUUCGAUUGACCAUUCAGAAUUGGAAACGAGCCUGUUUUUCGGUUUCAUACCUUAAUUCAUUUUCCUUCUCAAAAAUGUGAAAUGAAGAAUUUCAAAGGGUUUUUCUCAUCUGUAUAAGUACAAGCCCACGAUUGCUUUUUUUACAUUACAUGCAACCGUUCACCACCAAGCCACCAACACAUUUUCUCUGAGAAAAAAUCUAUGGGCUUGAGGCAUCAAACAGUCUAAGUGUGGCCAUGGAAACAAAAGAGGGCUCAAUGGGCUCUCCUAGGGAUAGAAAAGGCAAAAGGGUAGCAGAGAAAGUUGAUAAUGAGUCAAAAAGUCAACAACUUGGGGUUUCUUUUACUGAUCUUCCAUCACACAUCAGUACUGACAUUCUGCUAAGACUUCCUAUUAAGUCUAUUCUCAUUUGUAAAUGUGUUUGCCCAAGUUGGAAAGCUCUGAUCUCAGACCCACAUUUUACCAAAUUGCACUUUCAGCAUGCCUCAACCGGUUUCAUGAUUCGGGCCAACGCUCCGUAUCUAGUGUCGAGAAUCCUGCACCUUCUGGAGUUUGAGCCUGAAAAAAUUGAAAAAGAUGAUGAUGAUGACCAAUUCUGUUUCUGUGAGGACUUAUCUAUCAAACCUGAAUGCAACUCUCACUUGAAACUUGAGAAUAAACUCAAGCUUCCUCUUCGUGAUGCAAAACUAGUUUUGGACAAAAGAGAUGAGACCGAGAAAAGGGGCAGACAAGGGCAUUAUAUUUCUUCCAAGCCAGAAGAUGAUAAGUUUGCUGUGGUGAAUUCUUGUAAUGGCUUGCUUUGCUUGUGUGAUCCGAGCAGAGACAAUUUUGUUGUUUGCAACCCAGUUUCGGGUGAGUUUAUAAGACUUCCAAAAGCUACUAGCGUUCAUAAUAUUUCUGACAUCUGGCACCAAGAAAUAUAUUGUGGUUUUGGUUUGCUACCCAAAACUAAUGAAUAUAAGGUGGUAAGAAUAUUGAAGAUGUACGGGGGGUUGCAUUCGCCUAAAACGACGAAAUUUAUGGGUGUUGACAUGUACACACUAGGAACAACAACAUGGAAGAAUGUUGAUGUUGAUCCUGAGAAUUUUAAAUGGCUUCUAAUGUGUACUGAUAAAUGGCUUGGAUUUCCUACUUGUGUGAGUGGGGCACUUCAUUGGAUUGAUUUUUAUCACUAUGCCAUAUUGUGUUUUGACUUUGAAAGUGAGAGAUUCCAAUCCUUCCCCUCUCCUCCUCUUUUAUUUCAAAAUAAACAUUCCCCAUGGAAUAUCACCAUGGGAGAAUUAAGGGGCUCUCUUCACAUAUGUGAUUCAUCUUCUUCAUCUUCUGUGAGUACUCCUGUCAAGAUGUGGAUUAUGAAGAAAUAUGGUUUCGGUGAAUCAUGGACUAAGGUUUUUAGCAUUGAUACUAUGAGCAGAGAUCGCUGGCCUUAUGGUGGUUUAUAUUGGCCAGUAAAACACUUCAAAAAUGGUGCUGCUAUAUUGAUGUAUCAUUCCAGCAAUUGCUUUAUAUACUAUGAACCUGAAAAGUAUGGAUUCAAAAUUUUUAAGGUUCGUGGGACUCAAUAUACAUUUGAGGUUAUUCCUCAUAUUCCCAAUCUCAUCUCAUUGAAGGAUGCUGUGAAGGGAGACAACAUUGAGGUGCUGAAUAUCCACUCAAGGUGUGCACAGUUUCAAUUGCACGAAGAAAACGAAGUUCUUUUCUUGGCUAAAGUGAAUGGUGAAGUGGCUAAUGUGCACUCCAUAUCAUCUGAUGAUGAAGAUGAUUGAAGAACAGGGUGAAGAGCACGCCUCCUAACAAGUAUUUGCCAUAUAACAAGGUUAUGCUAUUGCAAGUUUGGGUUUGGCUAGUUGUAGUUUUUGGAAUAUGUUUUUCAUCUUUGAGUACCAAAGAUAUUUCAUUAAUCUGUAGGGAUGAUUAUUGCUCAGCCUUUUCAUUGUUUCCGGGAUGUGUUUUACAUGCUUUACUAUGUCUGUCGUGCCGUAUCUCUAUACUUUCCAAAUAUCGAUUAUGUUACAUUACCCAAAAGAUAUAAGUGGUGGCAGAUCCUAUCUUAUGGAUUUGGCUCCUCUAAAGUUUGAUAGUCA